AUGAUGUGGAAACUCCACUCGACAGACUCACGCACGGAGCUCGUGCAUGAAUUGAACACGACAAACACUGCCGGCACCCUCGAUCGAGCAGAUGACUCAUUGCCAACACAGUUGGCGUCGUGGGUGGCCAUUUACAAUACGUCAGCAAACUUGGCGUACAACAUGCGCACAACAGCCAAAAUCACGCGACUGCUUGACUCCACGGACCUUCCGAACUCAUUCGCCACGGUUAACAAACGCAAUGGUUCCGCCAGUCGGCAGCACGUCAUUGCCAACACCUCGACAACCUCGAUUCGAUCGGACGAUUCAGUAGUGAUCCAAGUUAUAAGUCGAAACUUUUCGCACAGUGUGUGCAGUUGGGGCAAGGUGAACCGGUUCUUGUGA